CACUCACACUCUCUCUUUCUCUCUCAAUUUUUAUUUUUCUCUGUCCCUUCAUUCUUACGGAGAAAAACCAUGGGCUAACCCUCUCUUUUCUAAACGCCGUAACGGACAUUCUCAAAGGCACCGUCACAAACAAACCCGUGCGAGUCACGUGCCUUCUAAAAACCCUUUCUUUAUGGCUUUGGAGCUAACUUCCAAUCCCAACUCCGUUGACGGCGAGCCAGACGGAGCCGGUAACGGUACGCCGCCUUCCUCCGCCGCCAACGGCGGCGAUGACGGGAGACCGGCGGCGAGGCUGCCGCGGUGGACGAGGCAGGAAAUCUUGGUCCUCAUACAGGGAAAGACCGACGCGGAGAGACGGUUCAAACCGGGACGAGCCUCCGGUUCGGCGUUCGGUUCGAGCGAACCGAAAUGGGCCUUGGUAUCGUCGUACUGUAAGAAUCACGGGGUGAACCGGGAACCGGUUCAGUGCCGGAAGCGGUGGAGCAACCUCGCCGGCGAUUACAAGAAGAUCAAGGAGUGGGAGUCUCAGGUAAGGGACGAAACGGAGUCGUUUUGGUUGAUGAGGAACGAUUUGAGGAGAGAGAGGAAGUUGCCCGGUUAUUUUGACAGGGAGGUGUAUGAUAUCCUCGACGCGUCGCCGUCGCCGUCGUCUGCGGCGGCGGGGACGGCGGCGUUAGGUCUUCCUACGGCGACGGUGACAGAGGCUGUGGGUGAUGAGGAGGUGCACCUUUAUGACAGUAAUCGGAGGGUGGGUGGUGAAGAUGGAUUGUUCUCGGAUUGUGAGAGGGACGAGGUUUUCGCUGCUGCCAAGGAUGUUCCUGCGCCUGUUCCUAUCUCAGAAAAGCAAUGUCAACUGCUGCUUGAAGGCUGCCAAGGGGAAGACAAUGCUCAAGGUGCUACCAAUGAGAAACAACCAGCCUCAAAUCCAGAAAUAGGUUCUACAUCUCAAGGGGGACGCAAGAGGAAGCGUCUUGCAACCGAUGGAGAGGAGGAAACACUGCAAAAUCUAUUAAUUGAUGUCUUGGAAAGAAAUGGGAAGAUGAUAAGUGAUCAAUUUGAAGCCCGGAACAUGAAUUUUCAGUUGGAUCGCCAACAGCAGAAAGACACUGCAAGUAACAUAGUUGCUGUACUUGAUAAGCUUGCAGAUGCUCUAGGGAGAAUUGCUGAUAAAUUAUAAUGAUAGAAGAAUCAGACUAGUGUGGAUAAUAGUUUGGAGUAUAUACAAUAGUGGUUCCCUUCAUUUAUCUCAGGAUAGCUUCAGAAGGUGAAUGUCACACCUGUUCCUGGUUUUUUUCUCCUGCCUGCAUAUACCACCUUUUUGUGGUUUAUUAUUACUGCCAUUAUAACAUUUUAUUCACAAAUUUGGGGUUUUUUCUCCUGCAUUUGGAAGUUACUGCAUUUAUUCUCUUCUUUCAUUGAGGCUAUAAGAAUCUUUCUCUCAAUAAUAGUAGCGGUUGUACAGAUGAUAUAAUUAAGGUGCAUUUUUAUAAGU